CGGAGGCUGCGCGCCCGCUCGGGACUUAGUGUCGCUGAGAGUCUGAACGCCGGGGCUCUGCGCUCCGCACCCAGCAACUCCCGCGCCUGAGUCCCCUUAGUCCCUUGGCUCGCCAAUCCCGGCCAAGCACAGGUCAGGGACACUGGGGACGGGAGGCCGGAGCCCCCGGAGCAGAACCAGGAGGGCCUGAACGCUGGUGUGGCGCGGGCCAGCGCUUCUGCAGGGGCCCAUGCGCGCGGGCAGCAGCUCCUGACUCGGAACCCCGAGGUUAGGAGGGGAACGAGCCGAGCCUAGAGCAGUGAGACUGGGAUCAUGGAUCGAGUGAAGCUCGCAGCGUCUGGCCAUGCCCUGCGAGGGUGGCUGCUGCUGGCGACUGUGACAGUGUUGCUCCUGGCUCCAAGCGUCUUGGCGGGGGUGAAGAAGCUAGAUGUGCCCUGCGGAGGGAGAGACUGCAGCGGUGGCUGCCAGUGCUACCCCGAAAAAGGAGCACGGGGUCAGCCAGGGCCAGUGGGCACCCAGGGGUACAAUGGGCCUCCAGGAUUGCAAGGCUUCCCAGGUCUACAGGGUCGCAAAGGAGACAAAGGUGAACGGGGAGCUCCUGGGCCGACUGGACCAAAAGGAGAUGUGACUACUUCUCGGAAAUCUUUGGACGGCAGUUCCCGUAUUGACGGUUUGGGACACCCAGGGCAAGGCGGGCCCCGAGGAAGACCCGGCUAUGAUGGUUGCAAUGGAACCAAAGGAGACGCAGGGCCACAAGGGCCCCCUGGACCUGGGGGCUUCCCUGGCCUCCCUGGGCCCCAAGGACCCAAGGGGCAGAAAGGUGAACCUUACGCACUAUCUGAUAAAGACCGCGACAAAUACAGGGGUGAAUCUGGAGAGCCUGGAGUGCCCGGCUAUCAGGGGCCUCCUGGCCGCCCGGGGCCAAUAGGACAGAUGGGUCCCAUAGGAGCUCCCGGAAGACCGGGACCACCGGGGCCCCCUGGACCCAAAGGACAACCAGGCAACCGAGGACUUGGUUUUUAUGGAGAGAAGGGUGAAAAGGGUGACAUCGGACAGCCAGGACCCAACGGGAUCCCAUCCGACGUCACGCUUAUUGGGCCCACACCAUCAACGUACGAUCGGGAUCUGUACAAGGGAGAAAAGGGGAGCAGAGGAGAUCAAGGGAUACCAGGCCCCCACUCAAAAGGCGAGGAAGGCAUCAUGGGAUUCCCAGGAACACGGGGUCUUCCUGGCCUAGAUGGAGAAAAAGGAGUCUUCGGACAGAAAGGAAGCAGAGGCUUGGAUGGUUUCCAAGGUCCCAGCGGACCCCGAGGGCCCAAGGGAGAACGUGGAGAACAAGGCCCCCCGGGACCCCCUGUCUACUCACCCCAUCCAUCCCUGGCAAAAGGUGCCAGAGGUGACCCAGGAUUCCCAGGGGCUCAUGGAGAACCAGGAAGUCGAGGCGAGCCUGGAGACCCUGGCCCCAUGGGGCCCCAAGGUCCAUCUGUUGGAGAUAAAGAUUCGAUGAGAGGCCUUCCAGGGGAGAUGGGACCCAAAGGCUUUUCAGGAGAACCAGGCCGCCCAGCACAAUAUCCAGGUCCACCAGGAGCUGAUGGAAAACCAGGUCUCCAAGGAGCCCCUGGGCCUGCAGGUGCACCUGGACCAGACGGUUUCCUGUUUGGCCUAAAAGGAUCAGAAGGAAGAGAGGGCUACCCUGGGCCUUCUGGUUUCCCAGGAGCUCGAGGGCAGAAAGGCUGGAAAGGUGAAGCUGGAGACUGCCAGUGUGACCAGUUCAUCGGGGGUCUUCCAGGAUUGCCAGGACCCAAGGGUUUUCCUGGUGUCAAUGGGGAGCUGGGAAAGAAAGGGGACCAAGGGGAACCAGGUGUGCACGGUAUCCCUGGGUUCCCAGGAUUCAAGGGAGCCCCAGGCCUCACUGGACUUCCGGGACCCAAGGGAAUCAAGGGAGACUCCAGAACAGUAACCACCAAAGGUGAGCGAGGACAGCCAGGUAUCCCUGGUGUCCACGGGAUGAAAGGUGAUAACGGCGUCCCAGGACGUGAUGGGCUGGAUGGAUUCCCUGGCCUUCCCGGUCCUCCGGGCGAUGGCAUCAAAGGCCCUCCUGGAGAUGCAGGUCUCCCUGGCCUGCCCGGAACCAAGGGCUUUCCAGGAGAAAUGGGUCCUCCAGGACAGGGCUUACCAGGCCCGAAAGGCGAGCGUGGUUUCCCUGGAGAUGCUGGGUUGCCAGGACUUCCAGGCUUUGAUGGUCCUCCAGGUCCCCCAGGAACACCAGGACAGUUAGACUGUGACACGGGUGUGAAAAGGCCUAUUGGAGAUGGCCAGCAAGUGAUCGUGCAGCCAGGUUGCAUUGGAGGUCCCCCAGGACCACCUGGCCAGCCAGGACCCCCAGGCCCUACAGGUAUCAAAGGCAGCAGAGGAAUGCCAGGAGUCCCAGGAGAAUUUGGAGGACCAGGGCUCAAGGGCUUCCCAGGAGACCCAGGUCGUGAAGGCUUCCCAGGACCCCCAGGGUUCAUGGGACCUCGAGGAUCCAAAGGUGCUACAGGCCUCCCGGGCCCAGAUGGACCCCCAGGCCCUAUUGGACUUCCAGGACCAGCUGGACCCCCUGGAGACAGAGGGAUUCCAGGGGAAGUCCUAGGGGCCCAACCUGGGCCCCGAGGAGAUGCUGGACUACCAGGACAUCCUGGGCUAAAAGGGCCUCCAGGAGAAAGAGGACCCCCUGGAUUCCGAGGAAGCCAAGGCAUGCCCGGAAUGCCAGGAUCCAAGGGUCAGCCAGGUUUCCCAGGACCUUCGGGACAGCCAGGACUCUCUGGACCCCCAGGACAACAUGGGUUCCCAGGAGCUCCUGGCCGAGAGGGACCCUUGGGGCUGCCAGGCUCCCCCGGCCUUGGAGGUUUACCAGGAGACAGGGGUGAACCUGGUGAGCCUGGUGUCCCUGGCCCUGUGGGCAUGAAAGGUCUGUCUGGGGACAGAGGUGAUGCCGGUGUGUCAGGCGAACGUGGUCAUCCCGGAAGCCCUGGAUUUAAAGGAAUGGCGGGGAUGCCUGGUGUCCCUGGGCAAAAAGGCGUCCGAGGGUCACCCGGAAUGGAUGGCUUCCAGGGCUUGUUGGGACUCAAAGGAAGGCCAGGGUUCCCAGGAGUCAAAGGAGAAGCUGGGUUCUUUGGAGUACCUGGUCUGAAAGGCCUGCCCGGCGAGCCAGGUGUUAAAGGAAACCGAGGGGACCGGGGCCCUCCAGGACCACCUCCUCUUAUCCUGCCCGGGAUGAAGGACAUUAAAGGAGAAAAGGGAGAUGAAGGACCAAUGGGCCUGAAAGGCUACCUGGGCUUGAAAGGUAACCUAGGAAUGCCUGGGAUCCCAGGACAGGCUGGAAUCCCAGGGCUACCUGGGAGGCCCGGCUACAUCAAAGGAGUCAAGGGCGACAUCGGAGUCCCUGGCAUACCAGGCACGCCAGGACAGCCAGGGGUGGCUGGCCCUCCUGGGAUUACUGGGUUCCCAGGGUUCGUAGGAAGUCGGGGCGAAAAGGGUGCCCCCGGAGUAGCUGGGCUUUUUGGCGAGACUGGCCCUACUGGGGACUUUGGUGAUAUUGGGGACACUGUGAACUUAGCAGGAAGCCCAGGCCUGAAGGGGGAACGGGGAGUCACCGGAAUUCCAGGUAUCAAGGGAUUAUUCGGUGAGAAAGGAGCCGAAGGUGACAUUGGAUUUCCUGGGAUAACAGGCAUGGCUGGAGCCCAGGGCUCUCCUGGACUUAAAGGGCAAACAGGUUUUCCAGGGCUCACAGGCCUGCAAGGACCACAGGGAGACCCAGGACGAAGCGGACUACCUGGUGACAAGGGAGACUACGGCUGGCCAGGAGUAGCAGGGUUGCCAGGUUUUCCAGGAAUCCGGGGGAUCAGCGGAUUACAUGGCCUGCCAGGCACCAAAGGCUUCCCUGGAUCCCCAGGUGCUGAUGUCCAUGGAGACCCAGGUUUCCCAGGCCCCGCUGGAGACAGGGGUGACCGAGGAGAACCCAAUACAUUUCCAGGCCCUGUGGGACCUGCAGGGCAGAAAGGGGAGCGGGGAACCCCAGGGGAGCGCGGCCCAGCAGGAAGCCCAGGACUUCAGGGGUUUCCCGGCAUCUCUCCACCAUCCAACAUAACUGGGUCACCUGGUGAUGUAGGGGCACCAGGGAUAUUUGGCUUAGAAGGCUACCGAGGUCCUCCAGGGCCACCUGGAUCAGACGCACUUCCUGGAAUCAAAGGAGAUGAGGGGAGCGCUGGAGCUGCAGGAUUCCCCGGACAGAAAGGAUGGGUUGGGGACCCAGGGCCCCAGGGCCAGCCUGGUGUAGUUGGUCUUCCUGGGGAGAAAGGGCCCAAGGGUGAGCAAGGAUUCAUGGGCAACACGGGGCCCUCUGGGACCGUGGGUGACAGAGGCCCCAAGGGACCCAAAGGAGACCAAGGAUUCCCAGGUGCUCCUGGCUCCAUGGGAGCUCCAGGCAUUCAAGGCAUCCCCCAGAAGAUUGCUACUCAGCCUGGCAUCGUGGGUCCCCAGGGCAGGAGAGGCCUUCCCGGUGCACAGGGAGAAAUAGGACCUCAAGGCCCUCCUGGAGAUCCAGGUUUCCGUGGGGCUCCAGGCAAGGCUGGACCGCAGGGCAGAGGUGGCGUGUCUGCUGUUCCAGGGUUUCGGGGAGACCAAGGGCCCAUGGGACAACAGGGCCCUAUUGGCCAGGAAGGGGAGCCAGGCCGUCCAGGGAGCCCCGGCCUGCCAGGGAUGCCAGGCCGCAGCGUCAGCAUCGGCUACCUCCUGGUGAAACACAGCCAGACGGACCAGGAGCCCAUGUGCCCCGUGGGCAUGAACAAACUCUGGAGUGGGUACAGCCUCCUGUACUUCGAGGGCCAGGAGAAAGCCCACAACCAGGACCUAGGGCUGGCGGGCUCCUGCCUGGCGCGCUUCAGCACUAUGCCUUUUCUGUACUGUAACCCCGGGGACGUCUGCUACUACGCCAGCCGCAACGACAAGUCCUACUGGCUCUCCACCACGGCCCCGCUGCCCAUGAUGCCCGUGGCUGAGGAAGAAAUCAAGCCCUACAUCAGCCGCUGCUCUGUGUGUGAGGCACCAGCCGUGGCCAUUGCCGUCCACAGCCAAGACGUCUCUAUUCCCCACUGCCCCGCAGGGUGGCGGAGCUUGUGGAUUGGCUACUCCUUCCUCAUGCACACGGCGGCUGGGGACGAAGGUGGCGGUCAGUCGCUGGUGUCACCGGGUAGCUGUCUGGAAGACUUCCGUGCGACCCCUUUCAUUGAGUGUAACGGAGGCCGUGGGACCUGCCACUACUACGCUAACAAGUACAGCUUCUGGCUGACCACAAUCCCCGAACAGAACUUCCAGGGCACACCAUCUGCCGACACACUCAAGGCUGGCCUCAUCCGCACACAUAUCAGCCGCUGCCAAGUGUGUAUGAAGAACCUAUAAGCCGGCCACCCUGCCCACCGGCAGCAGCGUGGGAAGGCCUCUUUGGUGCUCCUUCUGGUUUUGUUCCUUUUUUUUUUUGUUUGAGACAGUGUCUCACUUUUUAUCCCUGUCUAGCCUGGAACAACAUAACCCAGGCUGGCCCCCCAACUUGUGGCAACCCUCCUGCCUCAGCUUCCCAAGUGCUGGGAUUACAGGCGUGUGCCACCACACCCAGCUUGGUGCUUACUCUUAACUUAUUACCUCAGAUGCUGACCCCAAAGUUGAUCUCAGUAUUUUCUUUAAAAAAAACUUCCAAAGCGGCCCUGCGCCGGCACUCACACCAGCCGCCUAUCAGCAAGUGGGCCCUGGGUCUCAGCCCUGCUAGCAUGGGAGCAGCCCAGGGAGCUCUCACCAUGUAGGACAUGGACAUUGUGCCACCAACGGUAGCCAACAGUAACUGUGUGUGUCCCUGUGCCUCCGCUGUCUGCAGGUGGCUCCCCUUCCUUGUCUUCCUAGAAUGAGGCAGACCCUUCAGGACAGCCAAGGGGACUGGCCAAUGACCUGAGGCUCACUGCCACCUGUUUCCACCCAAGGAUCCUUGCAGAACGCUCUGACGAAGCCUGUUUCCUUGGUGGCGGGGAUGGCAGUAUUAUCUUCUACCAAAUCAUAGCUGCUACCUCCCAAGUCCCCACAUGAUGGCACCUGCCUUUUUAAGACCCCAACCAUGGCACAUGACUCUGGCUCUAGCCAAACCUACACCAGCAUCUGCUGGAAGGUACACUUAGCAAGUCAUUCACAGUGGCGUCCCACAACCUAUGUCACCUUAAACACCCCCUCCCCCCAACGCAGCAAGCUUUUUAUGCCUUUCCUGUGUAACACCACAAAUAAAAGAUAUUCU